AUGACAGAGCAACUUGCACGUUCACUUUCUGCUCCACAAGAGCAGAAGCCCACGCAGGGCAGCUGGAGAGCAGCCGCCAUCACCUACACUAUAGCAGAGCCCCUGCAGCAGCGGAGCCCCAGCACAGCCCAAGCAAAGAGAUGCAGCUAUGACACAAAUCACAUUCCAUUGAGUCACAAUGUUAUUCAUUCUUUUGAGGAAGUGAAUUGCAAUUCUUUGAAAAUAUUUGAGUUUAUUCCAUGAGGCAUCAAGAUGAAGAAUGUCACCGAAGUAACAUCCUUUUUACUGAAAGGCUUCACAGACAAUCUUGAACUGCAAAUCAUCUUAUUCUUCUUGUUUCUAGCAAUUUACCUCUUCACGCUGAUUGGAAAUUUGGGCCUGGUUGUAUUAGUCAUUGGGGAUUGCCGGCUCCACAACCCCAUGUACUAUUUUCUGAGUGUGCUUUCAUCUGUGGAUGCCUGCUAUUCCUCAGUAAUUACACCAAAAAUGUUAGUAGAUUUUAUGUCAAAGAACAAAGCCAUUUCCUUCCUUGAAUGUGCAACACAGAUGUUCCUUGCUGUUACUUUUAGAACCACAGAAUGUUUUCUCUUGGCCGGAAUGGCCUAUGAUCGCUAUGUGGCCAUCUACAACCCCCUCCUGUAUUCAGUCAGCAUGGCUCCCAGAGUCUACGUGCCACUCAGCAUUGCUUCCUAUGUGGGUGGCAUCUUGCAUGCUGCUGUACACACAGUGGCCACUUUCAGCCUCUCCUUUUGUGCCUCCAAUGAAAUCAGACAUGUGUUCUGUGACAUCCCUCCCCUCCUCGCUAUUUCUUGCUCUGACACUCACACGAACCAGCUUCUGCUCUUCUACUUUGCGGGCUCUAUUGAGAUGGUCACUGUCCUGAUUGUCCUGAUCUCCUAUGGCCUCAUCCUGCUGGCCGUUCUGAGGAUGCCAUCUGCUGUAGGGAGAAGGAGAGUGCUUUCCACAUGUGGUUCUCACUUAACUGGAGUGUCCAUGUUUCAUGGUACUGUUCUCUUCAUGUAUGUGAGACCAAGUUCCAGCUAUGCCACAGAUCAUGAUAUGAUUGUGUCUAUAUUUUAUAGCAUUGUAAUUCCCAUGCUGAAUCCCAUCAUCUAUAGUUUAAGGAACAAAGACGUUAAAGAGGCAAUGAAAAAAGUGUUUGGGAAAAUUUGGCUUAUCAAUAAAGUAUAUUUUCACAAUUUAUUCAUUGGCAGCUAUCUAAUCCCAAUCUGUGGUUUGGGGAACACAGAUAACAUGUUCAAAUUCCUGGUAUUAACUACCGUGCUGAUUGGUGAGCACACAGGUAUUGGCAUUGGAUUGCCCAGUGAGCGGCACGAACACUUUGCCCGCUGCUUUGUCACUGCCUCCGGAUCAGCAACUCAGAAAUUAAACAUCCCCCAAAACAGACUGAGAGCAUAUGUCACAAUCCUUUAA